CCCGGUGGCAUCCCGCCCUCCACCUCCUCCUGCUGCUGCUCCCUCCUUCACUCCAGAGACUGUCCUGCUGCUUCUCACCGAGGAUCUGCACAAUAAUGGAGGCUCGUCCUGCAGCAGAUCUGCAUGUCUUCAGCAGAGCUUUCCGCCCAGCCAGCACCACACAGGAGCCCAUUUAAGAGCAGGACUUCACAUAACGUUUCUCUUCUUGAAAAUUCACAGCAAGAGGACGUCUUUCAUAUGUGCUUCUGACUCAUGUGUUUUUAUGUCCUUUGACGUUUUAUUUCCAUGUUUUUAUGUUUAUAAGAGGGGCAGUGACAGGUCCACUAUGGGUUUUCCAACAUAAAUCAUCUCUUUUUUCAGUCUUUUAGUGCAGGCUGCUUUCUGUUUACCUAUAACGGGGGGAAUGGGAGGAACUUAUUGAGCUUUUUGGGACUGUAACUGUAUUUUUCGCUGCAGGCGGAUAUGGGUCGGUUUUUUGCUCCACAGAUGUCUCUUUCUGAGGUGAAGGCGCUGGAGCCGAGCUUCUGCAGAUAAAGUGCGCUGCCUGCCCGGGUUUUCGUUUGGAGGGUUUGCGACAUGGGCUGAGCUCCUCUGAUGACCCUGUUCUCCUGAGAGCUGUUCAAUUAUGCGAUGAUGGACGACGAAAAACGAAGACCGAUAAGGCUUUAAUUUUUCCCCCACCUCAGUCAGACAUACCUUCAUAUUUCCACGGAGAGCGCACUCACCGGCGUGGGAGAGCAGAGCUCUGAUCGCACCAAACUGGGGUCUUAAACCUUUCUGGUUACAAGAAUUUGUGGAUUUAUAGUGGUAUUUAAUGUUGUGUGCAUAUCGUGGCUAAAACGAUUGUAUUAAUUUAAAGAGUAGACUCCAAAGUCUAAAUGACAAUGCGUCUUUACGCAUCAAGGCGGAAAACCGACGGACGCACGCGUGAAGAUGUCACACUUUUACUCUAACUUUAAGUGCCUGUAUGGUUUUUCAUUUUUCUACAUGAAGUGGUUUUGAGGCAAACAAACUAUUACAGUUGGACACUGGGACUAUACUGGCCUGAGAUUCACACUUGAAAUCAGCUUUGAGCGCACUUUUUUCUGCGCUCGGUUUGGACACGCGCAGUUUUGCGCAGUUAAAAAGGAGCAUCCUCUCAUCCUCUCAUCCUCUCAGUCAUCCUCUCAUCCUCUCAUCCUCUCACGGACCAUGUGGCUCUCCUGCCUCGCGCUGCUGCUGCUGCUGUUCCGGUUCUCUGGCGUGCUGCUGGUGGGGGGGAUCAACACGUGUCAGUCCGUCAACCUGAAGGACCAGAAGUCCCGGCGCAUCGAGGCGAUCCGCGGCCAGAUCCUCAGCAAGCUGCGCAUCCGCAGCCCGCCGGAGGACGACGACGAGCCCGCGGCGGCGGCGCCGGUUCCCCCCGCGGUCAUGCUGCUGUACAACAGCACCAGGGAGCUGCAGAAGGAGCGGGUACGGAUGACCGAGUCCGCCUGCGAGCGAGAGAGCAGCGAGGAGGAUUACUACGCCAAAGAAGUGCAGAGGAUCGACAUGACGCAGCCGCGCAGCGACUCAAAUACUGUGCAACCAGCAGCACCCAACCGCUUUUACAAAGUAAUCUACUUUGACGUAAGUGGGGUGGACCUGGCCAACAGCACCUUGGUCAAAGCUGAGUUCAGGAUCUUCAGAGUUCCCAACCCGGGGGCCAAGGUCUCGGAGCAAAGAGUGGAGAUCUACCAGUUACUGAAGCCAAAUAGGGACAGUCCAUCAACUCAACGCUACAUUGACUCCCGCAACAUUAAGCCAAGGGCCCCGGGGGCCUGGAUCUCCACGGAAGUCACUGAAACUAUUAAGGACUGGGUGUCAGAUCCAGAGAUCAAUCUUGGCCUGAAGCUGGGAGUUCACUGUCCUUGCUGCACCUUCGUCCCAUCUACCAACAACAUCGUUCCCAACAAGAGUGAGGAGCUGGAGGCCCUGUUUGCUGGUGUGGCUGAUGAGCGGAUGAGAAAGCCCGGUCCGGUUAAGGGCCUACCGGAUUUCAGCACCAAGACACCGCACCUCAUCCUCACGCUGCUGCCCAGCGACCGAGUGGACAACCCGGCCAAGAAGAGCCGCAAGAAGAGGGCGGCCGCCACAAACACCAAAACCUGCUCCAGUGGGUCAGAUCAGGGCUGCUGCCUGCACGAGCUCUACAUCGACUUCAGGAAUGACCUCAAGUGGAAGUGGAUCCACGAGCCAAAAGGUUACAAGGCCAACUUCUGUGCCGGCAACUGCCGGUACCUCUGGAGCGUCAACAACCACUACAACAUGAUCCUGCCCCUGUACAACAAGCUGAAUCCCGAGGCCUCCAUCUCCCCCUGCUGCGUCCCCCAGGACCUGGAGCCCCUCACCAUCAUGUACUACAUCGGGCGCACGCCGCGCGUUGAGCAGCUCUCCAAUAUGGUUGUUAAAUCCUGCAAGUGCCGCUGAGGCAUGCAGAGAGAAGGACAUUGCAGGAGCAAAGCUAAAAGCUGCUCCUCUCCCAUGGAUCCCUUGUUGAAUAAGCUUUGCUGUUUGAUCUCCUUUGGCAAACUUCUGAGAUGUUAUUUUUUUACGCUAUCUGAAUCAGGUAUCAGGAUUUCUUUUUGCUCUCAUUCUUUAUUGUAAUGAAAGAUUCGCUUCAUUCUCUGGAACCUUCCAUUUGAUAUAGGACACUGUAAAUAUGACAACAUUUCUCCAUUAAACCUGUGCUUGGAAAUUAAAA